AGGCAAAUAUGGCCACAUGUGCCUGGCUUGCAAUGAGAGAGCUCAAAGAGCAUCAACAGGGCUCUCCAUACAAAGCACCUAGCAUGGGGGAACCCACAUGUAAUAGCUACUUGUCUGUUUUCUGCCCAUGCUCUGGGGUUGCAGCUUUCAGGCUUGGGACGGUGAGUGGUUUUGGCACCAAGUUCUGUCCAAAAGCCCCACUGAGUUCAAGGGGAUCUACUCUCAGGUCAUUACUGUGCAGACCAUGCCAGCCUUAGGAAGUGGGGUGAGGAGCAACCGGAGGUAAUUAGAACCACUGGAGAGGUUUAGAAAUGGGGCUUCUGUUGGGAAGGGGCUGCCCCAUUUGUGCUUCUCCAGGGGCAGGAGAAUAUCUAGGGCAGGAGAACCCCUGCAGGGCCUCUGAGGCUCCCUUUGCUUCUUCCUCUCUCCCAGGACCCUGCAGCUUGUUUUCGCUCCUCGACUCCUCAGGAAGGAUGAAAGAGACGGAUCCUGCAAAGCUAGUGAGGAUGGAAGGGGGAAGAUGGACGGUUGACCUGGUCAGGUUGUCUCCCGCAUCCCUCCCCACAACCUCUGAGCGUUCCCUCCCAGGGAACUCCGAGAGAUCUGGACCCUGCAGCUUGCUUUGGCUCCUUGACUCCUCAGGAAGAAUGAAAGAGACGGAUCCUGCAAAGCUAGCAAGGAUGGAAGGGGGAAGAUGGACGGUUGACCUGGUCCGGCUGUCUCCUGCAUCCCUCCCCACAACCUCUCAGCGCUCCCUCCCAGGGACCUCCAAGAGAUCUGACAAGGUGUGGACGUUGCUGGAUCCUGACCAAAGAGUUCUGCAUAAGGAAGUCAAGGAGAAGAAUUGUGGGAUCAUGGACUCUCUCGAUGUUGAUGAAUUGGAAGGGAAGAACAAGGGGGACCACACCAGAAUCCACAUAGUGGUGAAGUCAAAUAAAUAUUCAGAGUGUGGAAAGAACGUCUGUCAGAGCUCCCAGUCCACCUCCCAUCAAGGAAACAGCUUCAUUCAGAGUAAUAGCCUCACUUCACAUGAAAGAACUCACAGUGGAGAGAAAUUGUAUCAGUGCAGAGAAUGUGGAAAGAGCUUCAAACACAGUCAGAAUCUCACUUCCCAUCAAAGAAUUCAUACAGGGGAGAAACCCUAUCUGUGCUUCAAAUGUGGGAAGAGCUUCAGUCGGAAAUAUAGUCUCACUUGCCAUCAAAGAAUUCAUACAGGGGGGAAACCAUAUCAAUGCGUGGAAUGUGGAAAGAGCUUCAGUCAAAGCACCCAUCUCACUUCCCAUCAAAGAAUUCAUACAGGGGAGAAACCCUAUCUGUGCUUCAAAUGUGGGAAGAGCUUCAGUCGGAAAGGUGGUCUCACUUGCCAUCAAAGAGUUCAUACAGGUGAGAAACACUUUCAGUGCUUGGAAUGUGGAAAGAGCUUCAGUCAAAGCACCCAUCUCACUUCCCAUCAAAGAAUUCAUACAGGGGAGAAACCCUAUCUGUGCUUCCAAUGUGGGAAGAGCUUCAGUCGGAAAGAUAGUCUCACUUCCCAUCAAAGAAUUCAUGCAGGGGAGAAAUCCUUUCAGUGCUUGGAAUGUGGAAAGCGCUUUAGUCACAGGCAGAGUCUCACUUUCCAUCAAAGAAUUCAUACAGGGGAAAAACCCUAUCAGUGCUUUGAAUGUGGGAAGAGCUUCAGUCAAGGCGCCCAUCUCACUUUCCAUCAAAGAAUUCAUACAGGGGAAAAACCCUAUCAGUGCUUUGAAUGUGGGAAGAGCUUCAGUCAAGGCGCCCAUCUCACUGCCCAUCAAAGAAUUCAUACAGGGGAGAAACCCUAUCUGUGCUUGGAAUGUGGGAAGAACUUUGGUCAGAAAUCCCAUCUUCUUUCCCACCAAAGAAUUCAUACAGGGGGGAAACCAUAUCAAUGCGUGGAAUGUGGAAAGAGCUUCAGUCAAAGCGCCCAUCUCACUUCCCAUCAAAGAAUUCAUACAGGGGAGAAACCCUAUCUGUGCUUCAAAUGUGGGAAGAGCUUCAGUCGGAAAGGUGGUCUCACUUGCCAUCAAAGAGUUCAUACAGGGGGGAAAUCCUUUCAGUGCUUGGAAUGUGGAAAGUGCUUUAGUCACAGGCAGAGUCUCACUUUCCAUCAAAAAAUUCAUACAGGGGAGAAACCCUAUCAGUGCUUGGAAUGUGGGAAGAGCUUUCGUCAGGGUAGUGAUCUCACUUCCCAUCAAAGAAUUCAUACAGGGGAGAAACCCUAUCAGUGCUUUGAAUGUGGGAAAAGCUUUCGUCAGGGUAGUGAUCUCUCUUCCCAUCAAAGAAUUCAUACAGGGGAGAAACCAUAUCAUUGCUUGGAAUGUGGAAAGAGAUUCAAACAUAGUCAUAGUCUCACUUCCCAUCAAAGAAUUCAUACAGGGGAGAAACCCUAUCUGUGCUUCAAAUGUGGGAAGAGCUUCAGUCGGAAAGAUAGUCUCACUUCCCAUCAAAGAAUUCAUACAGAAGGAAAACCAAAAAAGAAAAAUAAUAUAGCAAAAAUUAUUAAACAACCCUCACAAAACACAAUUGUAUAGAAAAGAGAGGGGGGGAGAAUAACUUAAAAAUAC